AUGAAAGAGGAGGAGGGGGAGGGGGGGAAAAGUUGGGGGGUGGGGGGGGAUGGGUAUUGGGUGGGGAAGGGGGGGGGUUGUUGUGGGGAGGUAGGGGUAUGUUUGUGGGAUGUGGAGGUGGGGGGGGGGGGGUUUGGGGGGGGGGGUUGGGGGGGGGGGUGGAGGGAGGAGUGUUGGGGGUUGUGGGGUGGUGGGGUUUGGGAAAAGGAUGGGGGGAAGGAGGGUGGGGAGGGGUUAGAGGAGGGGAAUGAAAGGGGGGGGUAUAAAGUGGGUGGGGAUGUGUGA